AUGGUGCUCGCUGCGUUUCUCUCUGGGGAUGGCAGAUUGAGAGAGGUGCUGCUGGUCCUGCUGUACAUGGCCCACUCGUCAUCUGCCAUUUGCGGCACCCAGAAAGCCAACAUCGUGGACGAGCCCAAGGAGAACCUCGUGGGCAGCAACGAGUUCCCCUGGGUGGUGUCCUUACAGGACCCACAGUACACCCACCUGGCAUUCGGCUGCAUUCUCAGCAAGUUCUGGAUCCUCAGCACCGCCUCGGCUCUCCAACACAGGAAGAAGAUCAUUGCUGUUGUCGGUAUAGCUAACAUGGACCCCAGAAAGGUGGAUCACACAGAGUACCCAGUCAAUAUGAUCAUCCUCCAUGAGAACUUUAAUAACAGAUCCAUGAGCAAUAACAUAGCCCUCCUGAGGACAGAAUCUGCCAUACAUUUCGACGACAUGGUCCAGGCCAUCUGCUUCCUGGACAAAAAGCAAGAUAAAGCACCAACCUUGAAGAACUGCUGGGUGGCAGGAUGGAAUCCCACGGCUGCAACAGGAAAUCACAUGACAAUGAGUAUCCUGAGGAGAAUCUACGUGAAAGACAUUGACCUGUGUCCUUUACCUAGAGACCGGAAAACAGAAUGUGCCAGUCACACAAAUAAGGAAUCCACCAAUGUUUGCCUGGGGGAACCAGGAAGUCCGAUGAUGUGCCAAGUGAAGAAGUCGGAUCUCUGGGUCCUCAGAGGAAUCGUGACCCGUGGAGGCGACUUGUGCCCUGGCCUGUUUCUGUAUGCCAGUGUGGGAGACUACAGUGACUGGAUCAUAGCCAAGGCGAAUAAGGCUGGCCCUUCCCUGUCUGUGCUGAACCCCUGGGAGAAGCUGAUCCCCGAGGCCCCCUUUCAAGAAUCAAAUACUGCCCUGACAAAGAAUUCGAGUUCUGUGCAAGGCCAUGCUGAGCGGCCCCGAUCCUACUCCCAGGGACAAAGAAUGUCCACGCUGUUCGACCAGCCCACAGACGGCAGGCAGAACUUCAGGGUAAACGGUCUUCAGGAAUCAAGCUGGCCUUCGAAGGUGGCUGUUCAACCCAUGUACUACGACUACUAUGGUGGGGAGGUGGGGGAAGGCGGGGCCAUGGCCGGCCAGAACAGGCUGCGCUGGCCCCAGGGAAGGAUCUUGAUGUCCCUCGUGCUUGUGUUCUUGGGCAGCGGUGUCUAGCUGGCAGCUAACCUACCCCACAGACAAGAAGCUCAGAGCGCAAGGUGCUAGGCAUCUGCCGUACUGUUCCGGUGUCUGUUCUGUUUUGAGAGGUGCCACCUGGGCGGCCGCGGGCAGGCCCACAGCAGCGCUGGGCUGGCUCUCCCUCCUCUGUCCCACUCCCAUGUGUGGGCAGGUCACUUCAUUUAUGCUUGUGAUAAAUGUGGGCUAACAAGUGUCAAGCCA